UUUAAGCAUGAAUGAUAAAAUAUCCUGAAUCCAAAAUAAGAUUAACUAGGUUUUGAUAUACGUAAUAGUUAAUUACUUAAUAAUGUUAAGAAACAAAUAACUUAGUUUUUAUAUGUCAAGAUUACACAAAAAAUUAUUCUAAGAUCAAAUCUGUUCAUUAUAGUUUAUUCUAUUUGAUUUUGUACUUGAUUCAAUUUAGAAAAAAAUAUUGUUUGAUUUCUUUUCUUCCAAAAUUUUCUAAUUAAUACAACGAUCUAGUAUAUGAUGCCAUAUUGUUUAUCAUUUCAAUAACCUUUAUAUAUGAACUGUAUUUUACCAUUUGAAUAUAGAGUGCUUGAACAUAGAUACAUAUCAAAAAGAAAAUAAAGCACAUUCAUGUACAUAAGAAAAUAUGUUCAAACAGUCUGUACAUACAUAAACAUAUAUGUUAACGUAUAUUUUAUCAUCAUUAUUAAACAGAUCUCCAAAUCCCAAACGAAAGGAAUCUAGAAAUAAUUUCCCACUAUGUCAUCAUCACACAAACACUAUAGCCUGAUUUGUGGCUGACUCUGGAAAUGUUAACUAAUAUACAAAAUUACACAAUCUCUAUAUAAAUAAACUAUGUUAACACAACAAACAUUCACAACUUACAAAAAAACACUUUCAUCAAAAGAAAAUUAUAUCAUCUAGAGAGAUAUAUAAAAUGGAGAGCAAAAGAGUGGCAAUGUUGGUGGCAGUAAUGAUAGUGAUGGUGAUAGGGAACCUCCUGGCUCAGACGACAGAGGCUCAGAAAAUCCCAUUUAAAGAUUGUUAUCCAGCUUGUCUUAUAGAGUGUAAAGCUGAGUCAAAUUUUCCAAAGUAUCUUAAGUGUCCAUUUACGUGUACCAAAACAUGUCUUCAACAACCUCCUCUACCAUCUGUUUCUUCAGACAAUAUCGAUGAUUCUGAUUAUUUCUGCAAACUCGGAUGUGCAACUUAUCAUUGUGUUUCUCUUUCUUCCCUUCAAAACCCGAGUAAGUAUUUCCUUCUUCUAGACGAUUUUUACAUUGUAAAUCUUACCCAUAAUGGUGUUCACAAAUCGAUGAUCAUAUAUAUGAUAUGGAAAGCGUAUCAGCCUGUGUCGAUUCAUGCUCAAACAAGUGUACCAAGGAUAUUCAUGUGUGAAAAAAAGAUAUGA